CAAGCAAAUAUUAGAAAAACAAUUUCUAUUUAGCUCAAGAAUCACAUUCGACCACGGGCCAUUGCCGGUCACCGUUGGCACCGGGCUGAGCAAGUGCUGGUGCAACUCGACCCGUUCAUUACAUUACCGUUUAUUAGCGGUGAGAUCGAGGGCUCAGAGAAACCAAAAAAGAAAGGGAAAAUUUUUAACAAAAAUGCAUGGAGAAGCAGCCAGGAAGCAGAUCGGAUCGGAUCUCCCCUUUUUUCACAGCAAAAACCAGUGAAUAAGGAGAAUAAUAAGAUUGGGCAACGAGGGCAGAGGACAUGUACAAAGAGCGGGGUGCAGGAGGGGUUGAAGGCAGAACGGGGGCAUUAAAGUCAGAAGGUGUUGUCCGGGUGGAUCCUCCUUCAGAUCGGAAGAGGAUCAAUGAUGCACUGGAUAAGCAUCUGCAUAGCCUGGACAAGUCCUCACCAUCGACCUCCAAAGGAACCAAUGGUCGCUUGUCUGUUCCCUCCACUUCAUCAGGUCGGAGGGAUUCCCGUAGUGCUGCACUUGACAAGAUAAAUUACACAGAUGAAGCAGUGGAGGAUUCUGAUACAGACAGUGAAGAAUCAGAUGUGAGUGGUUCUGAUGCGGAUGAUACAUCAUGGAUAUCAUGGUUCUGCAAUUUGAGAGGCAAUGAGUUUUUCUGUGAAGUUGAUGAUGAGUACAUUCAGGAUGAUUUCAACCUCUGUGGACUCAGCAGCCAAGUUCCAUAUUAUGAUUAUGCUCUUGACUUGAUUCUGGAUGUGGAAUCAUCCAAUGAUGAUAUAUUAACUGAGGAACAGAAUGAGCUGGUGGAGUCUGCUGCUGAGAUGCUUUAUGGUUUGAUCCAUGUCCGUUAUAUUUUAACAAGCAAGGGGAUGAAUGCUAUGCUGGAGAAGUACAAGAAUACUGAUUUUGGAAGGUGCCCAAGAGUUUACUGUUCAGGUCAGCCUUGUCUCCCAGUGGGGCAGUCAGAUAUUCCACGGACAAGCACAGUGAAAAUUUACUGUCCAAAAUGUGAAGAUGUUUACUAUCCAAGGUCCAAAUAUCAAGGCAGUAUCCUUAAUAAAGAUUGUUUGCCUAUUUUGACAGUUUUCCUUUUGAGAGAAGUGAGUACUUUGAGAUACAGAUAUGUAUCACUAAUGGUAUUAUAUGCCCUCCUAAUUUCCUCAACUAAGACAGAUACUGAUGGGGCAUAUUUUGGAACAACAUUUCCACAUCUCUUUUUGAUGACAUAUGGACAUGUAAAGCCGUCAAAGCCGGUGCAGAGUUAUGUUCCAAAGAUAUUUGGGUUUAAAAUCCACAAAAGUGCAAGAUGAGCCAUUACAGUGCAAUAUUCAAAAUGCAUCCGGGUUUAAAAUCUACAAGAGUGAAGAUGAGCGAGGCAUAAAGGUGUAAAAUGUAGCUGGUUGUGACCAAUAGCUCUUAGCCAUGGGCCUGUACUACACAUUAUUUUCAUUUGAUUUCUUACGAUAUAAGUUUAUUGUGUGUCACCUCCAUUAUUCCCAUGUACAGAAUGGUGAAAUUAUAGAGUAUUUGAAUUUUGAGUUUUGUCUGUUUGAAUUUUACUUCCUAUAUUGUUGAAACAACCUUGGUUUUUCAAAAGGAUCAGUUUCUGAGAAAUUGUUUUCAAACUUUUUUGAGAAUUGGAGAAUAAGAUUCAUGUCAA